AUGCCCUUGGGGGGCGGCCUCGUGCGCCGCGCCGUGGUGGCGGCGGCCGUGGCCGCUCCCGCGGCGGCCGCGCAGUGCGAGGAUGCGCGGUGGAGGAGCCUCCACGACGUGCUCGACAGGGCGCGCCGCGAGACCGCGUAUCGGGAGGUGGUCGUGGAGGGGUUCCACGAGCUGCAGCAGACACAUUUCGCAUGGUACAGGGACAACUACCAGGACUGCGUGGAGGGCUUCGUCUCGCUCGUGCUGUACCUGUCGCUGCACAGCGCGGGCCGCCAGAAGGUGCUGCUCGACCUAGCAGACCACGCGGCGCGCGAGCUCAACCCGCUGGCGCUGCGCGCGGGGCUGGCCUCGUGGCCGCUCUUCGGGCUGGAGGCGCAGCUGACGACCAGCUGGCAGGGCGGCCAGCGGGCCGCGCCGCUGCCCACCGAGCCCUGGCGCUCGGCGCCCUGCGCGCAGACGGCCCCCGCGAGGAUCUCGCCGCUCCUCGCGGCCAUGGCCGCCGGGGGCGCGGGCAUCACGUCCAUGACCGUCGCCCGGGGGCUGCGGCAGGGCUCCCUGCUGGUGGACGCGGGCGUGUUCGACGGCACCGACUGGUCCCUGGCGGGGGUGCUGGCGGGCGCCACGGUGGUCGGCUUCGAGCCCCUGCUGAAGAACCGGCGACUCUUCGAGAGCCGGUUCCCCGCCGCCCUCGGCGAGGCAGCGCCCCAGGCCCGCGCGGGCGGCUGCCGCGCGCACACGCUGCUCGACGUGGCCCCCGGGCGCGGCGCGCCCCAGGUGCCCUGGGGCGAGGCCGCCCCGAAGGGGCCGGGCGGCGCCGCGGCCUGCGGGGGGGCGUUGGGCCACGCCUACGUCCUCGGCGCAGCCGUGGGCGAGCGCGUGCGCGGGCUCAGCAUGACCACCCGCUACGACUACAGCCCAGCAUCAGCGACCAGGGCUACCUGA